AUGGAAUUGCCUUUUUGGGACAUCACGUAUGCAUACCUCUUGCUAGGAACAAACGAUUGUGGCAGGCUAGUCAUCUCAAAUCCCGCAAAUGGCGAAGAGUUAUCCGUAGUGGAACUGGCCUCGGAGGCUGACGUCAAGCAAACGAUUGCUGGGGCUCAGUCGACGUUCAAAGCUGGAACUUGGUCUCGUGCAUCUCCACUGGAACGCUCAAAAGUACUGUCUCGGCUGGCUAGGGCACUUGAAUCAAGGAUACCGGAACUAGCAGAAAUUGAGACGCUCCAAACUGGGCGAGCGAUCCGAGAAAUGAAAGCUCAACUUUCCAGGUUACCAGAGUGGAUAGACUAUUAUGCUGCACUUCUAAGGACGACACAAGCAUUUGUUGCGCCAACUCAAGGCAAACUGCUCAAUUAUGUUCAGCGUGUUCCAUUAGGUGUUGUUGCGCAGAUAACGCCCUUUAAUCAUCCCCUGUUGAUUGCGGUCAAAAAAAUUGCACCUGCGCUCGCCGCCGGAAACUCUGUUAUCGUCAAACCUUCCGAGCUGGCGCCUCUUUCCGUCCUCGAAUUUGCGCGCAUGGCAGAAUCUGUUGGAGUUCCUUCCGGUGUCUUAUCUGUUCUGCCAGGAUAUGGGGCAACUGCACAGCUCCUCGCACAAAACCCCCUUGUCCGAAAAGUAGACGUGACCGCUGGCACGAACACCGGUCGUCUUCUCGGAAGCACAGUCGGCCACAAUCUUGCAGCCUUCACAGCCGAAUUAGGUGGUAAAGCUCCCAUUGUGGUAUUUGAAGACGCCGAUCUGCAAUCUGCGGUUAAUGGUGCUGCAUUUGCUGCCUUCGUAGCCUCUGGCCAAACUUGUGUAUCCGGAACGCGUCUUCUUGUGCACCAUAGCAUAUACGACACGUUCAUGCACCUUUUUGUUGAUAAGGUUGAGGGAAUAAAAAGGCGAAUGGGCAACCCGUCGAAUCCAAAAUCCAUGAUGGGCACCGUCAUCUCCGAACGUCAACUCUCUCGCAUCCAGUCCAUGAUUGAUGAGGGCUUGGAAUCUGACUCUGACACUAUUCUCCUUGCUGGCGGACACCGUCUCACCGGCAUCUCCUCCCUAGAUGGAUUUGAAUUCUCUCGCGGGAGUUUCUACCCGCCAACUGUCAUUUCUGAUAUCUCCACAACGAGCAAGCUCUGGCAGGAAGAGAUAUUCGGGCCAGUCGUGGUCGCUCGACGCUUCUCGUCAGAGAGUGAGGGUGUGGCACUCGCGAAUGACUGCAAAUACGGUUUAGGCGCGAGCAUAUGGACGCAGGAUUUAUCGCGUGCGCAUCGCGUUGCAGCAGAAAUCGAGGCUGGUCUUUGCUGGGUCAAUGCUGCCCAUCGGAACGACCCCUCCAGUCCAUGGGGAGGCAUGAAAGAGAGUGGAAUUGGACGUGAAAAUGGGAUCGAGGCGUUCGAGUCAUGCAAGUUCUUUCGAAAUUCGCAAAGCAAGUCGACCAUUGUGAACAUUGCGCAAGCUUCAGAAGCGCGGGUAACUGAUGACUGGUUCGCGGAAGACACAGAGGAGCGCCGAUAUGGCUGA